AUGGACGCCAGGGAUCCUGAGCGGUGGAGUCAUCCGGGCGCCAAAAUCUCCAACAUCCUGAACGGCGCGCGCAAGACGCACACCACGGCCGUCCAGGCGCGCAUCGACUCGGUCGAGCAGCAGAAGGACGUCGUCGACAUCACCAAGGCGCUCUACCAGGUGGCCAAGGAGACUGCCCAGACGGAGAAGGAGGUGUUUGAGCUCAAGCAGAAGACGGCCAUUGCCAGCGACGUCAAGGCCGUCCUGGACAGCUGGGUGCGCUACGAGGCCGCCGAGCGCGAGCAGGAGCAGCGCCAGCUGGCCGAGGCCGUCAUCCAGAAGGUCCAGGACAGCCUCAAGGACGAGAAGCUCCAGAAGCAGAUCCUCGACAACGCCGUCGCCGAGAUUGAGCAGCUCGUCAAGAGCAAGGCCCUCUAA